AUGGACUCUCUCCCGUACGUGGACACCCUUUUCAAGGAGUAUCUCCUUUUUCGGGGUUUCACCGCCACUCUUCAGUCCUUCAGUGCCGAACUUGAGGCUGACCGCUGCUGCGGCUUCCAGGCGGAGGCCCUAUGCGAGCUCAUCUUCGGUCAGCUCCUGCCGCAGUGCCGUACAAGUCAGCUCAUGGAGGUUCUGGAGCUUCUGGCGGACCGGCUGUACAGUCAGCUAGACGGCCGGUUCGAGGCGGUGGUGGAGCGAAUGGAGGUGGCGCUCAUGAAGGCGGCGUUGGUGACGAGUGUAAAGGCGGGACGUCAGGACAAGGAAGGUGGCGGGGAGGCAGCCAGGAAAAGUGGUUUGGUGGCGGAGUUCUUCCGGCAGCAUGGCGAUGCGCUGUUGUCGGGACCUGAGGCGGGUGUGUGGCGGCAGUGGGCGGCCCUGGCCUUCGUGCCCAACCCGCGAAAGGAUCCGGCAUUCCAGGCCUACUUCUCGCCGGACUGGAUGAGCCUCCUUGAGGUGGACUCGCUGCUGCGGCAAGUGGAGUCGCUAUCUCAGCAGCUGGAGGCGGCGAAAGCGUCGAUGGCGGCGGCGGUGGCGGCUUCUGUACGGCAUAGCUGUGGGGAUGGCGGCCUUGAGAAGGAGCCUAGAGAGGAGAGGGCGGCGGUGGCGGCGGCGGCAGUAGUGCAGUCGCCGCCACUUGCUGCUGCUGGUGGUUGUGCUACUGCCGGCGCCGUUGCGGGUUCGAAAGAUACGCAUGUCGGCGGACGGACUCCUGUUAUGCAACUGCCAGGCGGCGGCGACGGCAGCGGCGACGGCAGCGCAAACGACGACGGCGGCGGCGGCGGCGCUGGGGCCGCGAGACCAACUUUGCAGCUUCAACAGCCGGCGGCAGUCAGUAUUAAGGACGACGCGGGAGGUUUGACUGAUAAAGCCGCUGCGGCGGAUCUGACCCCGUCUCUGCCCUCGCCUCUGCCGCCUCCGCCGCCGCAACGGCCGCCAUCGCCGUCGACGACCUUGCAACAGCGGCAGCAGCAGCAGCAGCCGCUGUCGCCGUCACACCACCAGCAGCAGCCCCAACACCACUGUCGUACAUUGAGCCUAGAGGUUAGUACGGCUUACACCGGGUAUAUCGGGUGCUGGUGUCAGGCAUGGCACGCCAUGGUGGACUCGUCGGCGGCCGCUGUGCCUCCCCAGGUUGAGGUGGCAGCUUCAGUUCAGCGUUACGGUACGGCAAGCGGCAGGAGUGCCGGCGGCGGCGGCAGCGGCGGCACGACUGGCGCCGCAUUCUCCGGUUUUGCGUCAUCGGGGAGGCCAAACUCAGAGGCCGGCGACGUAGACGGCGCCGGUGGCGGCGGGGACGUCAGCCAGUGCGAUGCCGUGGCGCUAGCGCCGUCGCCGGAGGUGGCGGCGCCGUCAAGUUAUGUACAGCGCUCCGCCGGCGCGGCGCUGCCGUCGCUGGCGGAGGAGCCCGGGGACGCCGCGCCGGCGCCGCUGAUAGGAUCCGCGUCCUCACCACUUUCCUCUAGCGUCGCCGCUGCCGCUGGGGCAAUUGCGGUGUUGACGGCGGCGGCGCCGGAUCUUCGCAGUCCGCACGGUAAUCCCCUCCGCGGCGGUGACGGCAAUAACGCUGACGGCGACGCUGACGUAGACAUGGAAGAGGACCCAGCGGUGAUGUUGGUUUCGGGGCCCGCGGUGAUGGAAGCAAGCGGCGGCGGCGUCCGACGCCGGCGCACUAGCAGCCGGAGCAGCAGCAACUUCAGUGGCGGCGACCGCAGUAUGGACGAGGACGAGGACGAGGACGACAUCGGCACCGCCGUUGUUCCCGGGGUGGACGACGAGGAGGACAAUGCAGAGGUGGGGAUGGAGGCGGAGGGCGGGCGCCAGCACGAGGGCGCAGACGUGACACAUGGCCGCAUGGAGGAUGGGGAUCGGGGGUACGGCAGCGCGCCGUCCACGGAGUCGACGUCCAGCGGCGGCGGCGGCGGCGGCGGCGGUACCGCAGUAGUUGGUGGCGGCCGCUGGCUUGGCGUCAGCACCCAUCUGGCGCCGCCAGGGACGCUGCAUGGCCGCGGCUCUGCCGUACUGGCGGCGCAGUUUUCGCCUGGCGGCGGUCAUAACCUGGUGACGGGCGCUGCGGACGGUUCUGUGGCCAUUUGGUCACCUCUCUCGGUGAUGCUGGUGGGGACGGCCGGUCGCGGCAUUCUUGCCUGGCAUGCAGAUACCCGGCGUGCGGCCAGCGAGAUGCCUCCUGACCCCACCGCGCCGUGGGCUGGCGGCGGCGUCGCCAGCUACUGCGAUCGCCGCUGGCGCGGCGGCCGUUGCUGCCGGGCAAACAUGACGUGCGCGACCUUGUCAGCACCUGCCGUAUCCACUCCCGCCGCCGUACAAGUGUACGAUAGCGCGGCCGAGACUGUACUUGUCACCUGCUGCGGCGCCACCUUGCGGCUGUGGAGCUUGCGGCGGCUGGCGGAACCACUGCUCUCGGUGCCGUUGCUGCCGUAUUUGCCGUACGGUGGCGGCGGCGGCGCCGGAUGGUCUCCAGACUGGUCGCCAUGCAUGUGUUUGUCGCCUAGAGGUGCGGCCGCGGCGGUGGUGCUUGGCGGCGGCGGCCCGGCAGUCUAUCUCAUUGACCUUCAGGGCGAUGGCGCGGACGAGGCUGCCGCCGCCGGCGGCGGCACCGUCUCCGCCGGCGCUGGCGGCGGCGGCGGCGGCGGCGUUGGGAGCGGCAGUAGCACCUGGCUCAGCAGCGUCUUCGGCUCCCCAUCAACAGCCUCAGGCAUGAACGUCCCCAGCGCCGCGCUCAACAGGAUGGCAGCGGCGGCCGUGGGCCGCGUCUCCGUUAUACUGCCGUACGACGGCAGCGACGCCGGCAUCAGUGAUGUCGGAGGCCUAUCGGGUGAAGUAGGCGGCGGCAGCGGCAUGCCGUGUAAUGAGUUUGGUGUUGGUGGCGGUGGCGGUGGACGCGACGGCGGCGGCGGUUGCGAUGUCGACGGCGUGUACGGCACUAGCUGUAGCUGGCAUCCCACUCGGGAUGUGCUGGUGGUGGGUUACCGGGACGGUGCGUCCUCCUGUACCGCUCUCUCUCACAUCACGGCAAUGUCGCGAGGAGCCGGGACGUAUCCACCGUUCAUGGGUGGCGGCAGCAGCGGCGGCGGCGACGAAGGCGCCCAAGCGGGGUUGCCGCCGCCGCCGCCGCCGCCGCCGCGCACUACCGGGGCAACUGCUGCUGCGCCAACGCGCUCUGGAACCAGCCGGGAGGUGACUUACGACGGUGGAGAACACUGGGAGGAGGGCGAGACGGGGGAGGGGGAGUGGGGGGAAGAAGGGCCGUCGCGCAUGUGGGGUAGCGGCAGCUGCGACACCGGCACGCAGCAGCUCUCAAGCGAUUCACCCGUAGGCUUGAGAACGCCGAGAUCUAACCGCCUCUCCCGGCAGCGGCGUCAGCUGACGACGGCGGCGGGUACGACGAUGUCAGCUGAAGCCGCUGCCGGCGGCGGCGGCGGCGGCGAAGGAGGAGGAGGAGGUUUAGGCAGCGGCGGCGCGUUUUCGCCGGUAAAGCAGGGCGGUGGCGUCAUCAUGUCACCCGGCGGCGGCAUCGCCAGUGGCAUCCUGAACCUGCCGUACGUGCGUGGCGGAGCUGACGCGCCGUACGCGCCACCGGCGGGCGUCGCGGAUGCCGUCGGCGUUGGCGGCGGUGGUGCUGGACGCGUCGCCGGCGGGAUCAGCGGCUGUGCCGGCGGCGGCAGUGUACGGCAUAGCUCUGGCGAAAUCGUUGAUGACGUCACCGCCGGUCUGCCACCCAACGUUAUCUUGGACGAGCAGGCGGAAAUGGCCCGGCACCCCUUCCCCAUCCCGCCGCACGAGCUGAUUGCGCGGGCUCGCCGAAUAUUUGCCUUGGGGGUCGCUCACUGGCGCAAUCUCUCCGACGACUUCGAAUUUACCGCCCCCUUCAUAGGGCCCCUGGGCCCUGACGAGUUCCGUACCACCAUGUCUACACUGGCUUUGGAGGAGGCCUUCUCGGACAUGGAGCCCAGGUAUCACCAUUUUCGUGUCGACCCCUUCAGGCCCAACAGAGUUUGGGUGACGCUACAGCCCCGCUGCACCCACACGGGCACAUUCCGGGGCAAGCUGCCGUUCGGCAUCCCACCAACAGGCAAGGUGAUUGAGGAGCCGCCCCAGACUGCCAGCAUCACCUUCAACGCGGCAGGGGAGGUGGAGGCAUACACGAUGGGCUACGUGAUGGACCGGCGUAUCGGCAAUACGGACGGCCUGGGAGGCGCCUUCGGGUUGAUGUGGGCCCUGGGCGCCCCCCUGCCCGCCCCGGAAGGAAGGCCCUGGAGCCCCUCCCUGCAGCUGAGGCUGGUCAACAGCGGGAACUGGCUGCUGCAGUUGGCUAACACGUCAGUCGCGGAACACCAUGUGAAUGGGAGGAGAACAGGGUUUGUGGAGAUGUGUGCUGUGUGCGGCGCGGACCGUACUUUGUCGACAAGUUGA